UCGUCCUCGGCUCGUUCCCUAUAUUCUUGGUCUGUCGUUGAGACUGCGCCGCCAUGGACGAUAUUGCUGUUGAGGACGAGAAGCCGUUCGAUGCUGAGAACGGCCCACACGACGAAGAUGCACAGCCCGACCCGAAUGAGAGCCUCAUGAUGGACGCAGGAAACGGCAGGGUGUGGCUCGUGAAGAUUCCGCGGCAUCUCAUGGAGCUCUGGUCCAGCAUCGAUGCAGAGAACGUCCACCUUGCCACCAUCCGCGUGUACCACCAGAUGAAGUGCGAGGCUACGGGCAAAAGCCCAAAGAUUGUGCUCAUCUUGCCGCCGUCUCCGGAGAACCCGAACGAGCCUGGCGACCAGUACGAGCUCGAGAUAAUCAAUGAGGCCGUCGAGAACCAGUUCGUCAUUGCGGAGCGCGAAAAGGAGCCUGGCACAGGCAGCCGUGCACGCACUACCAUCUUGACCGGCCGUGUGAAGCACGAGUGCAAUCUAAAGCCAAUGCUUACGGACAAAUACAGACAGCGGCUGAAGAUGCGCAACUUGAAAGCUAACAUGCCCGCUCGGACAAUUAAGCGUAUUGAGGACGAACACCCUGGAGAUCGCGGGAGUAUCAACCGGCUCACCAGUGGCGUCACGAACACCACCGGGUUCACAGACCUUGUCAAGCCGAAACCAAAACCGCCGAAAGGCCAAUUCGAGCGCAUGGCCCGCAUGCCGCGCAACCAGCUACUCGAUGCCUUGUUUAUUGCGUUCCGUGAGCGCGAGCACUGGUCUGUCAAGCAGCUGCGUGAGCGCACGCAGCAGCCGGAGGCGUAUCUUAAGGAGGUCCUCAGUGAGAUUGCCUUCAUGCACCGGAGUGGCGAGCAUAACGGCACAUGGGAGCUCAUGGCGAACUUCAAAGGAGAUGGAAUCAAAGGAGAAAAUGUUCCUAUCACAAAUCUCAGCGCGGAGGGCUUCAAGAUGGAGGACGACGAGGACGAUGAGAGCGACGAGGACGAUGAGGAUAUGGAGGAGGUUUCAUGAUAAAUCUGCUUCAAUUCGUACACGUACUCGCGGACUAAUUUUGACUUACCAUAUACCCAUGUGUACUAUUAUCGCUCAAACCUGUCGCAUUAUAUUGAACGAAUAAAAUUCAGAGUUAUCGC